CUUCCUUGCUGCACUGAAUGCUUUUGUUAAAUCAAAUGGAGAUGACUGUCGUGGCCAGGUCUGUCAUCUUGGAGAAAGUGUGUUUCCUUGCUUGCUCACAAUGUGGAAAAGAACUCAGGGUGUUAACUCGUCCUUGAAGGAUCACCUGAUACAGUUUAUGAGACUACAGAUUUGUGCACAUCAUCCUUUUGGAGCUCACGAAGAUAGUGAAGGGGGCUGGAGCAGUAGUGUCAAUCAUUGGAAGGAAUGUCUCCAAAGAUUGUAUGGAGCAGUUAUAGCUGAUAUAGAUCAGUUAAAGAACAAAGUGUCACGUUCCUCUAGUAUCAAAUUGGAUCCUGGUCUUACUUUGCAAUUUAUUGAGCUUGCUGCUGAUGUCUUCCAUCAGGUGUUCUGGGGGAAAACAAGUUAUCAUAGUGUGAAUCAUGUACAGGAUGUUUCAUCUGAACCAGGAGCAAAACGGCAGAAAAUUGAAGUUGGCUGGAAUGUUGCAAGAGAAACUUUAGACAAGAGCUCUGAAAAUUUGGUUUUGCUUUCAUGGUUACAGAUCUUAGCUGUGUUAUUUGCAAAACACCCCUCAGGUAUCCCUGCUAAUGAAUUUCACCCUUUCCUUUCAACUUUACUUCAGUUGCAGACUAAGUAUAAAAGACAGGAGACCAUCCUAUCCAUACUGCAAUGUGUUAAGAGUCUUGUGCAGUGUUAUUCACAGAGAAGAUUGCAGUUGGACUGCAGGCUUGUUGAAUCAAUUCAUCCAGUCCUGAAGAAGAUAUGGGCAACAACAUUACGUGUUGUUGGAAUCAAGCAGCUUACUGAUUCUGGGUUUUCUCUACUUACUAUUUUGCUUAAGGAAUAUGGUAAUCCACCAGAUCCAGAGAUGUUUGGAGCCAUAUUAGGAAGUGGUUCCCCAUCAAGAUCAUCUCUGGAAUUCCUGGCCACCUAUUUGCAGCUGUAUUCUUUGCCAGAAAAUUACCAACCUCCUUCACCACUAGGACUUCCUGAUCCAAAUCAAGGCACAUAUCACUUACGUCGUCAUCUUUUCAACUGGCUAUUACCUGUUUAUGAGGACGGUGAUAGUUAUAAUGAAGUCUUGACUUUAUUGUCUGGUAAAUCAGCUAGCAGACUUCCAGAUAUUCAGAUGGCAGCUGGUGUUGUGGUAUCCUUGACUCAAAAAUUCUCCACUGCUAUAGAGAUUACUAGGCUGGUACCAUCUGUGGAUCAGUCACAUGAUUCACGCAGUCAAGAUACAGAGGGAAUGCUCACACAGAUGCAAGAGGUCUAUUUGCAAUCCACAUUUGAUGAGGGAAAUCGAUAUUGGCACAGAGACAUUGUGGAAAAGAAAUUAGCAAGACAACCCAAGUACAAGAGAAAAGUCGAUUCUCUCUGCACACUAUUGUGCGAUCGCCUCGCCAACACAGCUUCUUUCCUUAGUAAAACACUAGAAUUUAAGUCUUCAGGGGGUAUGUACAAAGACCGGUUGAUGUCAUUUGGUGGAAAAGUCGAAGUAGUCAUCAGGUUCUGCAGUUUUGUAUCCCAAGUGAUGGUUUUUUCGUUGAAGAGCAACUCCUUGAGCCAAGAUGAAGUUAGAAGUCUGCCUGUGAUGAGAGAAUUUGGGACUUUGUUGAGGAAGGUUGCCCACGGUGUCAGGGCAAUUUUAGGAUUCAAUGAGGUGGAUUUGAUAGCUAGAAUGGAAGUCUGCGAGAGUGUAGUCUCUGAAAUAGAAAAGAUGUUCACCACUUUACAGAUGUGCGUCUCUUUGUGCUUGCAGGCAGAUGAUAACUCCCCCGAAAAAUUUGUUGGAAUCGUGUUACGAGAGAAGACGCCUGAAUCGCUUCUAAGGGAACUACUAGCUAUUUAUAGUGGAGAGUGGGGAUAUUCUGUGCUGGAUAAUUGUUCUCGACUGGAUGUCACAGCGAAGAGUUUCGUUAACCAAAGCUUAAGUGUGACUUCACUCGAAGAGGUAGAUGGUCUUGAUGAUUUUGAGUCUGAAGUUUCUUCCAGUGAAGAGAACAAAGCAACACAGAAAACUCAUAGUCAGCCGCAGAAGAAAAGUGUCAAAUCUGUGCAUUCAACAUUGCGAAACUGCUGUGCAAAGUUGUUGUGUUGCUGGUCCUUGCAUGGGUUUGACGUGUUGGCUGAAUGCUCUGCUGACACUCUCAUGAAAGAUGUUAAAGAAAAGGUUGUGGAAUUCUUGGGUUCAGAGGACUUAAAUGUAUCAGAUGAAGGAGACCUUAAGCUGUUUUUCAGUGUAGCUUUUGCCUUGGCAUCCAGCAGCAGUCUCUUACCGGGUCCACAUGUGAAAGUUCUCUUGGAAGUAUUCAGAAAAGCUAUGUCCAAGUAUAGAAAGGACCAGAAUGUGUGCAGUCAGGGACUUAAUCUGUUGAGGCAGCUUACUCGCCAUCUAAGUAAUGGAGAAAUCUGUGACACAAGUUUACAGGAUUCCAGGGGGAUUUCAAAACACAUUUUAAAUGCGUUUUGGAACCUGAAGAAUACGCAGUAUUCACCGUUUGUGAGGUUUCAGCUUGCCAAGUGCAUGGAAGCUUUUCUAAAGGUAGAUCCUGAAGAAAGUUGGUGUGGUUUAAAGCAAGCUGGACAGGAUUCUUCAUCUCUCUCGCUGUGCGAGGAAUUCCCAAGGCUACUUGGUGACUCUAGCCAUGCGCUGAGAAUGCACAUGGCGUCUGCGAUCAGUGUGUUGUUUGUAAGACACGUUUCAGGAAAUAGUGCUGUGCCUGCUCCUCGUGAUCACCAGUACAAAUGUUUUGAUCAUAUUUCGCGGAUACUGGUACGGUCACUAACUGAAACAGUGUUGCCAUCGCUCAGUGAUGAUGAGAGUGAAGAUGAAGGAGUCAACAGGUCAAGCUCUAUGUUGGCUUGCAUAAGGCAUAUUGCUCUUGUAAGCCCGAUCUGUGAGAAAAGAGCAGUUGCACUUCUCUUCCAAGCAGUUAAGGAACAGUAUUUGGACGAGGAUUUAGUAAAAAAGGUCCUUACUCAGUUAGCGCUGGAGUUGGGUUACUCUACAAGAGCUGCCUACUUAGAGAGUCAUCUGAAAUUCAUCAUAGAUAAAUGGCUAAAUAAUGGCUUCAAGAUCACUGAUUUCCCUUGCCAGAUGAUGGACUACGCGACAAUUGCAGAUUUUUUCCAGUACCAGCAUCCGGCCAUUCUCGCUAAUCUCAUCUCGAGACCUGAUACUGUUCAUCAGUCCAUUCCGCUGUUUGCAAAUCAAGUCAACCCAAGCGGUGAUUGCAGUGAUUACAUCACACAGAGCUUCUGCGACAUUACCUCAUUCCUGUUGCCAUGGUUUGCUGCACAAAGCAGAACAGACCCAUCUGACUUUAGGGACUCCAACGGAAAACAGGUUGCUCAGGCAACAAAAAGCCACGCUUUCCUCAUCAGCAUUCUUACUCAAGACGGGUUUGACAAGAUUUUGGCGAAGAAGUUUGACGAACAGAUAGUGGGCCUUUUGUUGAGGAUGUAUGACCCAACUUCAGAGGGCUCAGAUAUAUCCCAGUUUUCAAGGGACACUGACCCAGAACCUGAUCCUCCUCACUUCACGUCACAUGCCAUCAAGGCCACGUUUGACUUUCUAACACGUUGUCACUCUGGAGGAAAGUCAUUGGUGUCUGUGCUUUGUAACAGCAAGGAUAGUAUCCAAAAGAUUCUCUUGUCCCUGACCUCUCGGAUUGCUGGAACUCACAUUAUUCACGAAAAGAGAAGGGUUCUGUCCAUGUACAGACUUUUUGUUCUCCUCCUUUUAAAAGAUCUUCCUGAAGGUUUGGGAAACACAUGGGCAUUCUUCAUCCGUGACGUGAUAUACUCCCUCCUACGAAUUAUCAGUGACGAAACACAAGUAAGAACACGUUCGAAACGACGAAAACUUUGUCUCGUGGUGGAUGAAGACUUGUUUUCGCCAUGCUGCAAUCUGAUGUACCAUGUUUCCAAAGCUGCCGUAGAUUGUUGUAGCCAGGAAUUUAAAAGCCAUCUUCAUGUCAUAACAAGUACGUUGACUCCUUAUGCCUUGGGCGAUGAUGAAAGAGCCGAAAAGGCCUUGGAAUUACUUAAUUUCUUGCUAGUGGACUCUAGAAAGAAGUUAGAAGAGGCAAUAGCCGAUCUCGACCCAUUUCCGGAUACAGUAAAGUUUCAAAGAAUCAACCAAAGCUAUCAGCAAAUACGAAAAAGCCGAACAUCUUUGAGUGAGGAAAUUGCCCACUUUUUGCUGGCUGAUCCAAGUUCAUCACCAGUGAGCAGACUGGAAGGACUCCGGCUACUAAGGAAUUCUAUCGUUAAAAACAAAAACCAACUUGUGGAGCUUAUGAACAGGACAGAAGAUGCUUGUGGAGAGUCAACCGCUAGCCCUGUUGCUGACCUCGUUCGUGGGCUCAUCAGUUUGGGCUCUGCACUGACAACCUGUGAUGAAGAUCAGGCCAAAGUUGUACUAUGCGAAGUAGCAAAUUGUUUGGGUGACAUUGGAGCUGUGGAACUCUCUACUGUUUCGUUGGGGUCCAAAACUAGAACAGAUUCAUUUUCGUCUGUGGUUAGCAAAUGUGGAGAUUCUGUGAAUCAGAGAAAUGCUGCUAUAGUCAUACUCUUAAACUCAUACCUCAUCGACAAAAAGGUUGGCGUCGUCACAGCUGCCGCUUCGUGUUUAAAGAAAAUCCUUUCCACAUCCUCUGGUGCCGAUCUCUUGAAGUCUUUCGAGGAGUCUAAGCAACAACAGCUUUUGUGGUACCUGGAGCCAUUCAAACCAUCUAAGAAAAAAAGAUCUUCAGCCAUGGACAUAAGUUGUGAAAUAUCUAAUAGCAGUCUUGAAGCUACAGAGUUAUGGACACCCGGAAGUGAAGUCCGGGAGUACAGCCAUGAACAGUGGCUGACAAGACUGGCCUGUACCUUGAUCAAAAGUGGAUUUGUCAAAGAUGAAGUUCUUAUUGUGUUAUCCCCCAUUUGCGACGUAAAGGUAGAGUUUGCUGAACACGUUUUUCCCUACUUGAUACACAACAUACUGGAAUGUGGAGAUGAUGCCAUCAGGACGAUGUUGUCGGAACAGUUCAGAAACUUCUUCACCUUUUGUAAUGGAACAAGUGUUGUCCCAAGCAGACCCAACUCUCCGUUACCUCCGAAUCAGCCAUCCUCAAGCAAAAGCGAAGUUAAGAAAGAGAGUAUUCGCACAAUGCUGGCCGUUGUUACGUAUCUUCGAACCCAGAACUUGCCAAAAAAGGGACGAGGCCAAAGCACUUUAUGGGACAAUAACUUCUGGCUGGACUUAGAUUACUUGGAAGUUGCCUCAGCAGCUCAGAGGUGUUCUGCAUAUUUUACGGCCCUUCUUUACACUGAAAUAUGGGCUGAUAUUCAAAAAUCAAAGCCCGACUCUUUGGUGUCUAUUUCUUUACCAACCAACAGUCAAAAUCUGGAGAUGGAAACUUCUACAAGUCAGAGCAGCGAUGAAAGCAUAAGCAACAGCUACCAGACCCUAAUUCUUGAGGCGUAUGCGGCUAUUGAUGAACCGGACAGCAUGUAUGGCGUUGGGGCUGGGAGACUGGCUGAUAUUGACUCCCGUGUCAGGACAUACAUGCAUGAGCACGCCUGGGAAAAGGCCCUUGGUGCUUGCGACCUUCGAAUGCAGAACAUCCCCGACUUGUCACAGGCUGGGUUAUUACAAUCGAUGAAGAACUUUGGUCUUGACCAUGUUAUGAGAAUUUAUUUGAAAGGUCUGUCAGUGGAAAAUCCACAAACGACACCUGAGGUUACGGAGUUGCAGUUUGAGUCUGCUUGGCAGAACUGCUCAUGGGAUUUGGACACAAGCUCAAGUGUUGGCUCGGACACUCCUCAAGGAUUUCAUCAGUCCUUAUACAGUUGCUUGUGUGCCUUACAAGAUGAAGAAUGGGAACUAUUCCAGUGCACCCUGGACAAUACAAAGGUACGUCUCAUGGAUGAUAUCGCGCAUGUCAGUCUAGAGAGCGUGCGCAGUGUGUACCCCUCACUGACACGGUUGCAGUGCAUUGUCGAACUGGAGAAUUUUGGAAACAUGAUGAACAGCACGGAAGACAACAUGGUUGAUAUCUGGAAUGAGCGAUUUCCACUCCCGGACAAUGAUUUUGAGUUCUUAGAGCCUUUGCUUGCUCUCCGAACCACAAUGCUCCAUACUGUUGUCAAACUAAGAUAUGGCAAAAGAAAUGAUGCAGGCGGCCUGAUGCGCCUGGGUCGGUCAUACAAGGAUCUCGCCACACACUUAGAAAUGCAAGCAAGACUCGCUCGACGGUCCCACAAUCCACAGGUGGCCGAGAAGGCUUUGUUCCGAAUUCGACAGUUGCAAAGUGACAUCACAGACUUACAAAGUCGACUUGGAGCGGAGGACCUUGGUGUUGCAUGGUCAUGGAAAAUGGAAGAAGCGAAAUUACGUUGGGCGAGAGGAGAACAAGACACAGCUAUGUAUCUGUUGAAAUCUCUUACGAGGCACCUAGAAAAGGCUAAAGACCAGAGCUCGGAGGCAUGCAGUCUGUAUCCACAAACACUUGGACUCUAUGGUACCUGGCUGGCGGAGUCAAAAUCCGAGAAUCCAAGCACCAUCAUAGAAAAUUACCUAGAAAAGGCCGCUAGUCUUAUGGAAUGUACGAUAGGGGGAAAUCAAGCUUCUAGGAUCGAGGCCUUCUUAUCGCUCGCAUGGUUUGCUGAUUCACAAUAUCAAAAGAAAGUAGAUUUUAUGAGUUCGAGUGUUUACGAAGACAAAGAAGCGCUGAUGAAGAAGUCAAAGGUGGAGUCGGAAAAGUUACAGCGUAUGUGUGACUCUGGUAGAGACAGGUAUACAAGAACACUGAACUUGCAGGCUCAGAUGGAUGAGAAGGAACUACAGCAGGUAGUUAGGGACAGGCACGUGUUCCUCCGGACGGCUGUGGAAAACUACAUCAAAACAUUACUAACGGGGGACAAGUAUGAUAUGAGAGUGUUUAGACUUUGUUCACUGUGGUUUGACAAUGCAAAGGAAGAGUUCGUCUCCGAAAUGAUCAAGAAAGAGCUGACAAAGAUUCAGUCCCGCAAGUUUCUCCCUUUGAUGUACCAAUUGGCAGCCAGGCUUGGGACAAAAUCACAUGACAACCGAUUGUUCCAGCGCACUCUUAACGAGCUCAUUGAGCGAGCGGCAGUGGAUCACCCGCACCACACCCUGUUCAUCUUGCUCGCGCUCGCAAACGCUGAGAAAGAUGAGAAGUACAUACAUACAGGAAAGAGGAACGGUACCUCUAGGCUGGCCAGGAAUCAUUCUAAAGGAACGAAAGGCUUCACCGAAGCUCGUACUCAAACAGCUUGCACUUUGAUAGAGAAGAUUGGUAAACACAGAGGAGAACUUGUCAAAAAUAUGCAAUUGUUGUGUGAAGCUUACAUUGAACUGGCUUACGUGAAUGUCAUGCAGUUGAAGAAUGAGAGAGGUCCCUUUAACCUGCCAGAAGUCACGAUAAAAAGAAUCGUAAACCUCAAAGAAGUUCCAGUUCCCACUAUGGAAGUAAAAGUGGAUCCGUUGUGCCGUUAUGAUGACCUUGUUUAUGUGGCUGGAUUUGACUCUAAGUUCUGUCUGGCUGGAGGAGUCAAUCUUCCCAAGAUCAUCUUUUGUGUUGGAUCUGAUGGAGUGAAGAGGAGGCAGCUGGUGAAGGGCAGAGAUGACUUACGUCAAGAUGCUGUCAUGGAACAGGUGUUUGGUAUGGUCAAUCAACUACUGAUAAAGAACUCUGAGACAAGGAAACGGAAAUUGAAGAUGAGAACCUAUAAGGUUAUCCCACUAUCGCAGCGCAGUGGAAUAGUGGAAUGGUGCGAGGACACAGUCCCCUUGGGAGAAUAUUUGAUUGGGCGGCCUGGAACCAAGACUGGUGCUCACCCGCGGUACUAUCCCGGGGACUGGACAUCUCUUGAGUGUAGAAAAAAAGUCCAGGCUGGAGACAACAGUGGAAAAUCACGAGAUGAAGUUUACCAGGAACUGAUGGAUCAUUUUCAUCCAGUAUUCCGUCACUUCUUUCUGGAGAGGUUCCCGGACCCCGCUGUUUGGUUUGAGAGGAGACUGAGCUACACUCGCGGAGUGGCUACGUCAUCCAUUGUUGGUUACGUGGUCGGGCUAGGUGACCGUCACGUACAGAAUAUUCUCGUUGACUGCAACACAGCAGAACUCGUCCACAUCGAUCUUGGUGUGGCCUUCGAGCAAGGCAAAUUUCUCCCAACCCCAGAGACUGUACCGUUUCGCUUGACACGUGACAUGGUGGAUGGGAUGGGACUGACAGGGGUGGAGGGAGUGUACCGUCGUUGUUGUGAAAAGACAAUGGAAGUUAUGAGAACGUCACAAGAGUCUCUUAUGACAGUUGUAGAGGUUUUGCUUUACGACCCGUUAUCAUCAUGGACGCUCAGCCCUGAAAAGAGAAAAGCCCUUCAGCAAAAGGCAGAGGAAGACGACCAGUUCCCAGUCAGUGUCACUGGUGACUGCUUGGACGCAACAAUAGGCAUAGAGAACAUCGCCGCCGAGGAUAAUGUGAACAAAAUGGCAAAGAGAGUGCUGUUACGACUCAAGCAGAAACUGGAUGGUGUCGAAGAUGGGGUGCACUUGAGUGUAUCAGGGCAAGUUAAUCACCUGAUAAGGGAAGCCAUGGAUCCUAAGAAUUUAUGUCGUCUGUUUCCGGGCUGGCAGCCGUGGGUUUAGGCGCUGGCGCUUCUUGUGGACCAAGAGAUUUCUGAGCAACGUCGUAGUCCUCGAGUCGAAUUUGCAACGAAGAAUAGGUCUUAAAAUACGACGAAACUUGAAAAUAAUUGUUUGUAAGGGAAGAAAAUCACUAAAAAGGCGCGGGUUAAUUGGCCAAAUUUGUUUGACUCUUACAGAAACGUCUCAGGCCAACGGGAAAAUUUAGACCCAUCUCUCUUGAUACAUCAAUUUGAUAUUGAGACUUAAUCUGACGACGAAUUACUUACCCUAGUGCACCAUUCAGGUUUUUCUUGUACAUGAUAAGCUACACAGGAAAAAUGCUAAUAUCCUGUUGGUCUAUCAUUCCGGGUUAAAAUACGGUUGAGUAUUUGAAGAAUCAUCAUAGACCGAUAGGGAAGCCUUCGGAGAUGCAGAUAUGAGAGAGAUCUUGGUAUCUAGCGAAGUAAGCAUGAAACAUAGACACUUGUUAGAGAAAGAGACAACUAUUUACACUGGUGAGCUAUCUCUACGUCAAAGUUGAUACGCGAUGAGUUCCAUCUGUCUUUUGUCUCACAUAAUUUUACAGUUAAUUAACGGUCUACGAAGUUUACAUGUUAUGGUAAAUUUGAACCAUUGUGGACAUUUUUUAACAGAUGCGCACAGGUUGAACGCUGUUGUGAUUAAAAAUUUAUACUAAAUACUAGAAGCAAAUGCUUCUGUUAAAGAUUAAUUUUUCAUUUUAUGCUUCUGCUAAAGAUAUAUUGUUCAUUACAUAUUUCCUCGUCAGUUUGCAGAUUCAUAUUCUGCGCGCGAGCAUAUUCUCCUUUAAUUAUUCCAGAAAAACUUAGGAAAGACUCCUCCCUCUUCUGGAAUUUCUUCGAAAGAUAGACGAAGAUUCUGCUCCUUAUUAAAAGAUUUAGUAUUAAAUUUAGUCUUUUUUCCAAUUAAAGUAUUCUACUUUUC